AUGUCUCCCAGCACAUCCGCAUACGCGAUUCGAGAGGAGCCUCUUGGUAGCGUUCGCCAUGUUCGAGUCGUUACCAUUGGGGCCGGUGCCAGCGGCCUCAAUAUGAUACGCACUCUACGGAACCGUCUUACGAACUUCGAGCAUGUUGUUUAUGAAAAGAACCCAAAGGUGGGCGGGACCUGGUAUGAGAACAGAUAUCCCGGCUGCAAAUGCGACAUUCCUUCUCAUAGUUAUCAAUUCUCAUGGAAACCAAACCCUUCGUGGACCAGUUUCUUUUCACCUGCAGAGGAGAUUCAACAGUACCUAUGCAGACUUUGCGAUGAGGAAAAGCUUGACAAAAGCAUUUUGACAUCACACAAAGUGGUGCGUGCUGAAUGGGAUGAGGAGCAAGGUAUUUGGAAGUUGCAGGUACAAAAUCUUGUUACAAAUACGAUAUUUGAUGAUUACUGUCACUUCCUACUAGAUGCCUCGGGGAUUCUGAACAAUUGGAAGUGGCCAGACAUCGAGGGUUUGCGAAGCUUUACUGGCGAACUCAUUCAUAGUGCAGACUGGCCAAAGCAUUUCGAGUAUGCUGGCAAGAGAGUUGCGGUCAUUGGAAAUGGAUCAUCGGGAAUCCAAAUUGUUCCAGCAAUCCAGCCUGACGUCAAGCAACUGGUCCAUUUCGUGAGAUCUCCAACAUGGAUCGUACCUCUGCAACUACAGACCCUUGCAGCUGGAAAUGCUGCCCCUAUCCUGAGCACAAUUGACAUGGAUGGCGACAAGUUUUCCAGCUCGCAGAUCGAGAAAUUCAAGAAAGACUUUAGCUUGUAUGAUCGAUUUGUCAAGACGGUCGAGAAAGAAAGCAAUACCUCAUUUCCAAUUGUCAUUGCGGGCAGUGACAGAGCUUCCCGAGCGUUUGCAAUGAUAACUGCAUAUAUGAAGUCAGAAUUGCAAAAUGACAAGCGACUCAUCGAUGCAUUGGUACCUAAGUUUCCAGUGGGUUGUCGGCGGCUGACACCUGGAGUUGGAUACAUGCCAGCUUUAAAAGCUGGCAAUGUUCGAGUCAUCACCGAUUCAAUAACGCGUGUACUUCCUCAAGGCAUUCAACUUAAAUCAGGAGAGGUCGUGAAAGUCGAUGCAAUCAUCUGUGCAACUGGUUUUGAUGUUUCUUUCUGCCCGCGAUUUCCAUUGAUUGGAAGAAAUCGCAAUCUUCAAGAUAUCUGGACGCAACAGCUUCCGACAGCGUAUAUGUCUUGUGCAAUCCCUGACUUCCCCAAUUAUUUCACAUUUCUAGGUCCAAACGCCCCAAUCGGCCAUGGAAGUGUUCUUUCCAUUACAGAGCACAUGGCUAAGUAUAUCGUACGAAUCAUUCAAAAAUGCCAAAGCGAAGGUAUCAAAGCCGUCUCACCAACCAAUUCAGCCGUUCGAGACUUCAAUACACAUAUCAACGCCUUCAUGCCCCGGACCUCAUGGGCGGGUAGUUGCCGAUCGUGGUUUAAGAAUGGCAAAAUGGACGGCCCUGUGACUGCUUUGCAUCCCGGGAGCAGGGUCCACUGGUUUCACAUGCUUGAACGGUUCAGAGGAGAGGAUUUCGAGUACGUGUAUGACUCGACCAAUAGAUUCGCCUAUUUGGGUAAUGGAUUCUCAAUGAGAGAGAUGGCAGGCGCGAAUUCUACGUGGUAUCUUGAUAGACCUAAUAAGUUAUGA